AUGAGUCGACUGGCUCCCGAAUGCCCUUGCAUAGACAACAGCUCCGCAGUCUACGAGCAGCUUCGGAACGAAGUGGAGGCACGAGGGCUGCCGGCAGACUAUGGCACGCAGGGGUGCAAGGCCUACGAUGCAGCCAGCUGUGGGGACAAUGCGCGGGAUUGUGCGAGCCAAUGGUGCUAUGUGGACAUGACCUUGUGCCCACUCAACGCGGACCUCUGUGAAGCAGAAGGGGGGCUGCGUGGAAGCGACUCCUCUCCACACUGCCGCAGUCGGCCGCACGACAUCACCGCACUGCUGAACUUGUCGGUGUACUUUAGCUUCGAGACGUGUGGCUUUGUGAACCUCUACGACGUGAAGCGGCACUCGGCCUCUGCAGGCGGAUAUCAGCUCAGGGCCGUGGUCGAUCCGUUUCCACCCUGGGUGCUCGAGCGCAACUCGACCCUAGGUGUCUUGGAGUAUUAUGGAACGAGCUUUGACUUCUUCCAAGAGGCCCUGAACUUGUUCGAGCCACCGGCAGCGCUCCAGCUGCUGCCUGGCUGGGCAACGCAGAAAUCCCGCCAACUGUUCAGAAGCAGCUACACCGCAUGCGUGCAUGACGUGGCAGUCGGCAGCUUCGACGUUUGCAUCGCGGAUCUUUGGCUCACGCCCGCGCGCCAUCGCUUGGCCUCCUUUAUGCCGCCCAUCCGGCAAGACUUGUUCUACCUGGUCGUGCCGAGGAAGUUCGAGGAGGUGACCUUGAUGUCCUACUUGCAGAGGCCGUUCCUGCCCUUCACCAUCGAUGCCUGGAUGGGCGUGUUUGCCUUUCUUUGUGGCAUGUCUGUGGUGCUGUGGGUCGUGAAGAUCUGGGAGACGCCCUCCAGUGAUCGAGGAGGGUGCAAAUGGAGCUUGGAGGAAUUCGGCGUGUUUCUCUUCGGCAUCUGGCAUGAUUUCCUCCUUGGCCAGAGCAGCCAUGAUGUCGAGCGAGGCCCCACCCACAAGCUCUUCAGUCUCGGGUUUUCAUUCUUCAUCCUUGUCACCUUGGCGAGCUACACUGCCAGCCUUGCCUCCAUGCUGGUCGUUCAGCGUGAGGCCUCAGGCGAGAUCAACAGUAUGGCGGAUGCUGAAAAAGCAGGCAUUGCCGUCUGUGCACCAGCGGUAUUGUCAGAAACCUUCAGCAGCUUGUACACGCAGGCUACUUUUCAAGACUGCGAAGGAAUCGAAGACUGCCCCCGCCUGCUUCAUGCAGGGAGAUGUGGAGCCAUGAUCGCAUCGCUGGAUGUCAUUGACAGUAUGCAUGCCGGCAAGAUCAAGCAACAGGACUGCGACGCUGUGAACAGCGGUGCAAUCUCUGAGGAGGUCGGCCGAUGCAGCACCAAUCACCUCGGCCAGCCUCGUGACGAUUGUGAUCUCCUGCGCGUGGGUGACUUGAUUUGGAGCGUGCCGCUGUCCUUUCCGAUCAGUGAUCGGCUGGCUCACAGCAUGUCUUGGGCCGUUACCCGUGCCCUGAGCGAUGGGAUGUUCGAGGCUGCGAAGGAGUCAGGGCCCAAUAAGGCUGCUUUUCCUGUGACGCAGUGUACGCACACGGAAGACCGAAGUGAAACGGAUGGCCUUAACCUCGCAGAUCUCACGGGCACAAUCUUCAUCUCCGUGUUCUUCGUGUCCUUCGGAUUGGUCUGCUUUGUGAUCGAGGUGAUGCGGCGGGAUGGCCGCCGGGGGAUCGAGCUGGUGCGCCGCAGCACGCAGUCCCUUAUAGGGCACGAGCCAGAAGCCGUCGCCAUCGGCUGCGAUGCAGAGGAGGAGACGCAGUUGGCUCCAGAGCCCGGGCCAGACCCCGCACCCAUUGUGGAACCUCGUGAGAGCACGUCGCAGGCAUCUCCGUUUGUUGAGGUGGCAGACACUCGCGUAGGGAUCUAG